AAUGGUAAAAGCAAAGAUUAAUGAUUAAGAAACUCCAUAACGAAAAAUAAAAAAACGAAAUUUCAUAGAUCCUCAAUUAAAACUUGGUCUGAUAAAUAGUGUUGUUAUUGACCAUCUGCCAAUUUAUUAAGUUUUUAAUUUAUUGUAUUCUCUAGGCAGCAAUUUUACACAAAAUCAAAUAUUCUUCUGCCAAGCACAUAGUUAGAAAUUAUUUAAGUGAUACAGAUAAUUUCUUAUCAAGACAGAAAAAAAGAGGUAGGAAAAUUAUUUAAAACAAUUUAAAAGUUAUAGUUGAUGUCAAUUCUGGGAAAAUCAAAAUCGUAAAAUCUACCCAAACAAUUUUGCCAACAAAUUAAUAACAAAAUAAUAAUUAAACAAUUCUUAAUAAUAUCCUUUGUGAUUUAUCAUAUAACUUAUUUAAAGAAAUAAAUAAAUCACUAAAUAAUCACAUUAAAUAUAAAUAGUACUAAAAAAUUGAAUUCCCUAUGUUGAAUCUAUCAUUUGAGUAAUAAUUAUCAAAAAUUAAGACGAUACUCAAUCUAUAAUAUGAACAAAUGAAUUCAAAAUGA